AUGGCACCUACACCCGGCAUUCUCUACGUGACAAUGCAGCCCCAACCCGGGCUGCCACACUCCCAAUUCCACGACUGGUACAAUAACGAACACGGCGCAACACGUCUCCAGCAACUUCCCUUCGUCACGAACGGCUUCCGCUAUCGGGCAAACGACUAUAACGAUGCGGAGCCUCAACCUUCCGAGCAAAAGCCAGAAUGGAUGGCCAUAUACGACAUCACAGACAUGGCGGAGUUAACGAAGGAGCCUUACCUACGGCUACGCGGGCCUCCCGUAAAAACACAGAGGGAGGCAGAUGCAAUGGCACGGAUUAAUGUCAAUCGGAAACUGUAUGAUUUCCUCGAGACCUGGGAAUCAAAAGAAUUCAAGAGGCUGGAAGAAGUGGGGAACGAGGGCCAGGGAAAUGUCGUCCUUGCUGUAUCCCUUUCUUUAAAUCCUGGAGAGGGAAUGAAAGAGCAGGUGGAUAAAUGGUACAAGGAGGAACAUGUUGAGAUGAUGUCCAAAGUCCCCGGCUGGCUUCGCACACGGCGAUUUGUGACAUCCUCCAUCGACCCGAAUGCAGCGGUGGAAUACCUUACCUUGCACGAAUAUGCGCCGAAAAAUGGAUUGUGGGGGCCAGAAUUUAUGGCGGUCACUACCACGCCAUGGAGCAGUGAGAUUGCGAGCAAAGUAGUGAAGGACAAACGAGGACGAGUCUACGAUUUAUACUACACAUUCGGCCCAGCCCCUCGACAUCUGGGCCCGAGCCUCUCCGAGUGGACUUCCACCGACCCUUCCACCCCGUAUCCCACCAAGACGUUCUCUACAUCUCCAGUGAGCGCUGAUUAUGGUGCUAUCGAAUCAUUCAUCACCACCCCAGAUGGCGUUCCCCUCCCCUACCGUCUCGAGGGCUCCUCCGAUCCCAAUGCACCACUCAUCGUGCUCUGCAACUCCAUCCUCGUAACAUGGGGGAUCUGGGAUUCCUUCCUCACAUCCUUCUUCUCCUCUCCAUCCAACAAAAAGUACCGCAUCCUUCGCUACCAGACGCGCGGCCGCUCUUCCUCCUGCGGCGAGACACCCAUAACCGUUGAUCUCCUGGCCUCUGAUGUCAUCGCUCUGCUUGACGCAUUACGAGUCAAGAAAGCCGCCGCCGUAAUAGGAGUUAGUCUCGGUGGCGCCACGGCAUUAAACACAGCGCUGAAAUACCCCGAGAGGGUUGGGAGUUUUAUUAGUUGUGACACCAGUUCCAAAUCACCCGCGGGCAACUCCAAGGCAUGGGGUGAUCGUAUCGCAAUCGCUGAGAAGGAAUCAGCUGCCGAUCCCACCUCAGGUGAAAGUACCGUGGGCCAGGAUCUCGCCGAAUUAACUGUCCGGCGAUGGUUUGCAAAGGAAAACUAUGAUGGGAAAGAUAUGGAGAGGAAGGUUGGCGAAGUUAAGAGUAUGGUUGCCACCAAUAGUCUCGAGGGCUUUAAAAAGAGCGUAAGGGCACUGUUUGAGUAUGAUAUGAGGGAUGAGAUGAAGAAUAGUGCUGUUAAGGGUAUGUUUGUUGUGGGAGGCUCAGAUGGCGCUUUGCCGGGCUCCAUGAAGGAUAUGGCUGCCUCGUAUGGGCAGGGCGGAGCGAGAUUUGAAGUUAUUGGGAAUGCGGGACAUUUGCCUAUGGUUGAGAAACCUGAGGAGUUCUCGCGUGUGGUUUCGAGCUUUUUGUAG